CAAUGUGAUCCAGCGAGUAAGCGAUCCAGCCAUUGAUGUAAAGGAUGUACGUUGUUGUUUAGUUCAUGUUUAGAUCCAGAUGCAGUCCAAAGCUUGAGGCUCUCAUGAUUGGACAACAUGAUGGUGUCAAACCUGUAUACACUCUUGGUCAAUCUCUGUGUAUGCCAUUUCAUUUUCUCCGAUGCUGGAUGCCCAUGCAAUGACAAAUACGCAGACAUUUCCAAACGACCAGAUGUUUUCGAGUCCUCUAGCCUGCCAUCGGAGCAAUGUUGUUUACCAACAGUUGGCAAUGGUUACCUAGCAACAGUUGUCUAUAGCGAUACCAUCUAUGUGAAUGGCAUUUACAACGGUCGUGGCGGUAACAGUCAUCGAGCAAGGAUUCCAUCCACAGCAGCUAUCACAGUCAGCUCAAAAACUGCUAUCAAGAAACAAUCUUACUCUUUGAGUGUUACAAAUGGAACAUUCUAUCACCGGAUUGAUACUGGAGUAGCAUUGGUUGAGCAGCGUCUUUAUGCUCAUCAGACAUUUCCUUACAUACUUAUCAAUGAAAUAGCCAUUCAGAGAACUGGGCAGGUAUCAGGACCCAUUACUUUCAUGUUAACUAACAACACUAGAAAUGGAAGCGGAGAUGUGGAGUUUGGAGAGGUGGUUAGUUAUGACAACACAAGGAUGAUGAUUGGCGAAACUGUCGAAUCAGAAACAAGUGAAAGUUGUACUGUAUCAAUCGCCGUCAACUGGACAGCCAUUCCAAACCAUUUGUCUUUACCAGCUGAUGAAAAAUACAAACUUUGGACUUUCAUCACAGCAAUUGGACUCAAUCAAACAUCAGCCUCAAAACUGUAUGCCCACGGUGUACAGCUGGCUACAUCAGGAGUGUUGCAUACUGACCAUGUAAAGGCAUGGGAAGAGAAAUGGAACCAUGGACGCGUUGAAGUUGAUGAUUUGAAUCUAGCCAAAGAAGUCUAUGGGAGUAUGUACUACAUCCUCAGUUCACUCCCUUCCCUCAACUACUACGAUCAGGAGUUCCCCUUUCAUUUCUACGGAUUAAGCCCAGGGGGACUAGCCCAUGGCGGCUCGGGUUUAGAUUAUUUUGGACACGUCUUCUGGGACCAAGAGACUUGGAUGUAUCCUCCUAUAUUGAUGUUUCAUCCAUUGCUUGCAAGGGUAAUGCUUGAGUCUCGAUCAUAUCAGCUGGAUGCUGCCAAGAGUCUAGCCAAGUCCAGAGGAUGGAAAGGAGCUCAGUUUCCAUGGGAGAUGGCAUUUUCAGGUUCGGAAGUUUGCCCAGCAGAUAUCUACAGUUUACAAGAGAUUCACAUCAAUGGUGAUAUAGCAUAUGCUGUCGAGCAGUAUCUUAGUGUCACGGCGGACGUGGACUUUUUGAGAAACAGUCGUGGUUAUGAGAUGAUAGCAGAUUUGGCCAAAUAUUGGGAAAGUCGUGUGGUGUUCAACAGUGCCACAGGACUGUAUGACAUCCAUGGUGUAAUGCCACCAGAUGAGUACCAUUCCAAUGUCACUAAUUCAGUGUACACCAACACUGUAGCCCAACUCAGUCUUCGAUUACCGGAGUAUGCAGGGAAGUUGAUCAAUGUUAGCGUUCCAUCAACAUGGUCCGAGAUUGCAGAUAAACUCGCUAUUCUUUACAGUGAUGCUCACAAAUACCAUCCAGAAUUUGAGGGCUAUACCAUUGGCACGUCAAUAAAGCAAGCUGAUGCCAUCCUCCUUGGGUUCCCUCUGAAUCAGAAGAUGGAGAGAGAUGUCCGCUACUCAGACCUCCAGAUUUAUAAACCAGUAACAGACUCGGAUGGUCCUGCCAUGUCUUGGGCAAUGUUUUCCAUUGGCUACGGUGAUGUGGGGUCAUUCCAAGAAAGAGAUGAGAUGUUUCAACGCAGUCAAAAGAAUACCCAGCAACCAUUUCAUGUUUGGACUGAGUUCCCAUCAGGUGAAGGGGCUAUUAACUUCAUCACCGGUAUGGGUGGCUUCCUCCAGUCAGUCCUGUUUGGGUAUGCUGGCUUCAGGAUUCAUCAAGAAUACUUACUGUUUGACUUCAAUCUCCCCAAUGGCACAAAUACAUUUAACAUCACUGGAUUAAACUACUUGGGUUCGGAGAUUGAUUUUGUCGCUGAUGUUAAAACUGUGUCAGUAACGUUAACGAAUCAACAAGAUCUUGAAGAUGGAGCUAUCAAGCUACGUAUGGUAACACAAUCUGGUGCUACUUAUUCUCUUGUAAAAGAUAAAACUGUGAUUUUGCCAAGAUCUGGUUGGGUAAAAAUUGAAAAUGUUCUGAAAUAUCAAAGGCCGUAGGUCUGGGUUCCUAGAGGUACGUCAAUUGAAUUUAAUCUUUGUAGUCUUCCUCUUUUGUAAUCCUUAAAGGCUGUGGACACUAUUGGUAAUUACUCAAAAUAGUUAUUGGCAUUAAACAUUUCAUGAUUACGAGUAAU